CCGCCCUGUCUCUCGGCGGCGGCGGCGGCGGCGGCGGCUCGCGCAGCUUGUUGGCUCGCUAUAUAAAGGGGAGAAGCGAGCGGACCGGACGGCUGGAGCUGCAGCCGGUGGCGGCAGCGGCGGCGCGGGGAGCGGUGACCGGUGGUUUCCCUCCUUGGCACGGGGUGGGGAGUGGGCAACGCCCCCCGGACCCCCGAAGGGUCUUGGCGUGUUUUUUUUUUUUAAGGCAUUUCUCGAGGUUUUUAGCUUCGGGAGGAGAGAGUGUCCCCUUCCUUCUCCUCUCACCGCUUCCCCCUCUCCCUCAGAAUCGAUUUUGUUUCCAUUUUUUGCCCCAAUCUGUGGUGACUUGGGUCGCCCUCCGGGUGGUUUUUCUUUUCUUUUUUUUUUUUCUUUUUGGUUUUGUUUUGACCGUGUUUUCCCGGGGUUACCCCCGUGUUGUUUGUGUUGUGUGUGGAAAUGGCGAACUCGGCAAAUACAAACACCGUGCCUAAAUUAUAUAGAUCUGUUAUUGAAGAUGUUAUUAAUGAUGUGAGAGACAUCUUUCUGGAUGAUGGAGUAGAUGAACAAGUCCUGAUGGAACUAAAAACUUUGUGGGAGAAUAAACUAAUGCAGUCUAGAGCAGUAGAUGGAUUUCAUUCAGAAGAGCAACAACUUUUAUUGCAAGUUCAACAGCAACAUCAACCCCAGCAGCAACAGCAUCACCACCACCACCACCAUCAGCAAGCUCAGCCUCAGCAGACAGUACCUCAGCAAGCCCAGACCCAGCAGGUCCUUAUUCCUGCAUCACAGCAAGCCACGGCACCUCAAGUUAUUGUUCCUGAUUCUAAGCUGAUACAGCACAUGAAUGCAUCAAACAUGAGUGCUGCUGCUACAGCUGCAACUUUGGCACUCCCUGCAGGUGUGACUCCUGUUCAACAGAUAUUAACAAAUUCAGGCCAGCUUCUUCAGGUGGUCAGAGCAGCCAAUGGUGCCCAAUACAUCUUUCAGCCUCAGCAGUCAGUGGUUCUACAGCAACAGGUUAUACCACAAAUGCAGCCUGGUGGAGUACAAGCUCCAGUUAUACAACAGGUAUUGGCCCCUCUUCCUGGAGGGAUUUCACCACAGACAGGUGUCAUCAUCCAGCCUCAGCAAAUCUUAUUUACAGGAAAUAAGACUCAAGUUAUACCUACAACAGUGGCAGCACCUACACCAGCACAAGCACAGAUAACUGCCACUGGCCAGCAGCAGCCGCAGGCCCAGCCUGCUCAACAGCAAGCUCCAUUGGUGUUACAAGUUGAUGGAACUGGGGAUACGUCAUCUGAAGAAGAUGAAGAUGAAGAAGAAGAUUAUGAUGACGAUGAAGAGGAAGACAAAGAGAAAGAUGGAGCUGAGGAUGGACAGGUGGAAGAAGAACCACUCAAUAGUGAAGAUGAUGUGAGUGAUGAGGAAGGACAGGAACUCUUUGACACAGAAAAUGUUGUUGUAUGCCAAUAUGAUAAGAUACAUAGGAGUAAAAACAAAUGGAAGUUUCAUCUUAAGGAUGGCAUUAUGAAUCUUAAUGGAAGAGAUUAUAUAUUUUCCAAAGCCAUUGGAGAUGCAGAAUGGUGAAGAGUCGCCUCUUUUCUUUUAUAAAUAAAACAAAAGAAACUUAAAAAAAAAUUUAAAACAGACGGUUUGAAACUUGGGACAUAGACCAACCAAAAUUUCACUUCUGCAUGUCAGAAAAGUGCAGUAGAAGCAAAGCUACUGGAACAAAGAUAGACCUUGACAACAUAGACACUACUCUAACUGGCAAGCCAUGGAACUGUAGCACCUGGGGUUGUUGGGGGGUGGAGGGGUGGGGUGGGUUUUGUGUAGGAAAACCAUAACUGUUGAUUUUAAAUACAGGUACCUGCCACUGGUAAUUAGCAUGUAAAGCUUUCUCUAUAUUCCUUCCUCCAACUUGGAUUCAAUCAGAAGAUAACUUGUUGGAAUGAACUGAAGAAACUUCCCUUUUGAUAGAUUGAAUUGAAACUGCUUAUUGUAUGUGGUUAUAUUUGGUAAAAAUUGCGUGUGAGGUUUUUACAAAAGGGUAAGAAUUACGGUGUUGAAUUUUAAUUCACUUGUAUAAGAAAACAAUUUAAAACUCAUAAUAGGUCUUAAAUAUUUUUACUUGCUGUUCUCCCUCAAUAAUAUAUACCUCUUCCUUCCUGGCUUAAUGAAACAGCUACUUAUAUUUAAAGGAGGUAAUCAGUGAUCACAGUUUAAAGAAAGAAUUUGACCCAGGUAUGAAUAUUUUAAUUAGGUUUUCAGACUUAUUAAAUGCAGUUUGAUGACAUGGGUCUUGACUGUGUUGAAUGGAAUUAAAAUGACAACUUUAAUUUCCUUGCCAAAAGUUUAUUUCUUUUAGUUACCACCUUAAAAAGAAACCCCAAAUUGUCUCCUCAGGAAUACACUUUUUUGACAGAGGACCAUCUGGUUGAGUUGUAUUGCACAUGAGCGUUGGCCGACUUUCCUGUUGGCUCCAGUAUGUGCUUACACAUGUGUUUAGUCUUUUCCCAUUCAGAUAACAUUCUGUGCGUUGAAGCAUAGAGCAGGUGAUGAGGACCUAGAUUUUUAUUAAGAAAUUUAGUAAUGUAAAGAUCUCUUGUGUUUACUAGUAAGAAAUAAAAGACUUACUAUUCUAAUUGAACAAAUUUUUUAGAAACAGCUUUGUAAUUUGAGAGGGAAAUUUGGGGGAUAGGAAAGGGGAUGGGCCACUAAAGUACAUAUUUACCUCUUCAUUUGGUGACCCUUCCAGGCCAUUGAUAAUACAGACAUGGGCUCCAGUUUGCACAUCUGGAAGAAAGCAUAGAAAUUUGACUUGUACAUUAAAAAUAAUAGAAGUGUAAUAAGUGUAUUGAGAAUGCAUAGUUCUGUAUUCUGUAAGGGGCUCAAAAGAACAAUAUGGCACUGCUGUGUUGAGCGUGAAUUAGCUGCUUGGGAGAGCAGCAGAACACUUGUCUUCACUUUUGUGUUCUUGAAACUGAUUUGACUUCAUGGAUUAUUUUAACAAAAUUAACAUGUGUUUAAGUUGCUUGCCUGUUGAUUUUUUUUUUUAGUCUUCCGGUUUUGUCUUCCUUUUAUUUGCCUUUGUGUGUUUCCAGAAGUAACACUUAAACACUUUAAAGUUUAUUGCAAAGAAGAAAACUGUGAGCUAUUAUAUAGUGUUUUUUUUUUUCUUCCUUUUUUUAAAACAUAAGUCUUUAACCUUUUCAAAAAGCCCUUUUUUUUUUUUUUUACUCCUACUUCACACCCUACUUACCCACUUGGUCGCGUUAAGUUCUCUGAACUUUAGUAUAAACCGUGGUGUCUAGCAUGCUAACAAUUAGGUUUUAUUUAGAUGCCAUAACUGGUAAUACAGUUUUUAUUUUGGUUAUACUAAUUUAGUUCUUUGAGGGAAGGUUUGUUUACCCUCUAUUUUGAAAGCAGACACAGGUUUAUUAAGACAGAGAAGAGGAGGAAGGAGAGAGUAAGAUCACAGAAGUCCUGUUGCUCACUUACCCUUCAGUAUAGUGCUAGUAGGUUUCUAUUUACACAUUGAAGAAGUUAAUGACCUGAACUACCUAUGAAAAUUUAGCAGUGCUGCAGUGUUGCUUAAGUGAAAUGCGUUGGCUGUCUAGUAGUUCUUAUGCUACUGAAACUUGGAUUAUUGUAUCAUAUUCAGCUCAUGUCUUCGGCCCCCAGUAUAGACAAACAUUCAUAUUAACAGUGGCAUUGUAUACUGACCUGUUUUUAUAACUUUAUUUUCAAACAUGAACAACUACUGCUUUCAGAGUGACUCAUUAGAGUUCUUUUGAAGCAGGAAACAACCAUUUGUAUUUGCACCUGUGUACUGCAUAUUAGGCAAAUGCUUUUCUUUUACCUGUGAAAAUACUGAAAGCUGGUUCAAACAACACUUCAUACCAAAUCGUGCUCUUAUAUAUUAUGUAUUGUGUUAACUUUUUAAUCAAAUAGCAUGUUUUAGUUUUAUUAUAGUGGCUUUUACUAUAAGAAUGUCAUUUGCUUAUCUUUUAUUGUACUUGAAUUCUUAAUCAUGCUUUUAACAUUGUAUUUAACAAAUCAUUUCAUUAGGUUACUACAUUAAAAUGUCAUUCCUUUGAAAAGGCAAGGGAUUCCCACUUUCAGAAUUUUAAAAUGAAAGUAGCUUAUUCAUGGAAAGGGGGAAAUAGUUGAGUCUUGGUGGUUUCAGAAGAGGAUUUAUUUUGAUUUGCACAGAUGAUGAUGGCACCUUUUACUUAAAAACAAAAAGAAAAUUAACGUUAGAAAUAGUGCUAAGGAAAAUUCACACAAAAUUACCAUAUAAAGUGUGGGAAUGUGUGCCUUUCAGUUACACAAGGAACUCUUGCUUAGUAGUUAUUUGGAUAAUCAAACCACUUGCAUGCCUGAGAGCACAUUUAAUCUCCAUGGAGUGCCACUUGUGGCUGAAACAACUCUGUAACGUGCAAUUAGUACCUAGAGUAAAUGUCUGUUUGAGGGAGAUCUCUAUAUUGAGCGUUUAUUUUUUUAAAUGCUCACAUUUCUUUAUUUUAAUUAAAUGCCAUCAGAAUGUCACAUUUUUACACUGUUGCCUUUUUUAAAAUCAAAGCCACUCUGAUGUUAUUCUUUGAUUACAUCAAGAUUUGAGCAGUGCGUAUAGUGAUUGAAAUGUGUUUUUCACAGCAUAAUAGAUGCUGGGUUUUGAAAACUAGAACAUAAAAAUAUAGUAUCUUUUGUAUAAAGAUUUUCUUUUGCUAUAGGGAAAAUCGGCAAUUUGGUUUUCCUUUUUUCUCUGGCUUUGAUGGAGGAAUGAAAAGUUGUCUCCCUCUAAGGGUAACCUUUCUAUUAUCUCAUAGCAAUAAUAUCAUUAUUAUCAGAGGGUAAAAUAUAAGAAACAGACAUGAUUUCCCUUUAUAACAUAACAUUUUCUUCCACUUGAGAAAAAUUCAUUUAUUUUCAGGUUAUUUCAUCUUGAAUUUUUUGAGCUUUUGUGCAAUGUAAUAUUUUAUUGAUCUGUGUUUGUACAUUUUCAGUUUGUUUCAUGCCUAUCUCCUGCUUACCUGUCUGAAUCAGCUAUAGCAGAUUUUGAAUUCAUUGGUUGAAAAAUAGUUGUUUUAUAUGUUUUCUCAUGGGUUUGUGUUAAAUAAUUUUGCAUUUUAAUCCUCUAUUAUGCUAUGGAAAUUAUUAUUUACUUUUUAAGCCUGCCUUAGUCUAUUUUUGUCAUUUUCUAUGGUUUAAAGAAGAACACACCAAACUUACUAUUUUUGUUUUGAGGAACAAAGGAGUUUUUUUUUUCUUCCUUUUAAGGGAAGAACUGCAUUGAGUUAAUAAUUACUCUUUCCGUCAAGUUUCCUUAAAUCAGUCCAGUAUGUAUCAGGGCUGCAAUUUUGGGGGAGGGGCUAAUCUUUUUUGCUGUUCUGGGCUACUGUUGUCAACUGCUGUUGUACAUACUGUUAUGUCUAAGGGCGUAAAUAUAUUUAUUAUGUUUGUAAAAUUCAUUCUGUACAAUUGCAGAUCAAGGUUGCUCUUCUGUGAUAUAUGGGAUAUUAUGUUUUAAAAACCAUCUUGGAAUACAAUUAGAGAACUUAGUAUUUUGAUGUACUAAGACCUAUUUUAAGUUUAAUAUUUUACCUUUGCAAAAACUUUAAUUAAAGAUGUUAUUUAAAAAAAGUAACGUUGCUUGCUUUGCUUAUUAGAAUAUGACAUUGUUAUAUAGAUUACUGAAUAAAAUCAUGCAAUUGAGAAAGGAAAUUGCUUUACAUUUGUUAAUGAGGAUGAGUUUAACUCGAAAAAAAGGUAUCAUUAAAUUCUGUACCUUUAAGAUAAGUAGAUUGGGAUGUCAAUCUGAAUUAUUAAACUCUUAAAAAUUCUUAAUAGUAGCUUUUUUAAAAAUUGUAUCUUCUAGAGACAAUUUAGUUGGGGCUAAAUUCACAUCAACAAAAUGUCACUAAAACUGGAUUAAAAAGUAGCACAUUGUAUUAAAUGGGUAUUUUCUACUCCAGAACAUUGAUUACUUAGCAUAAUAUUUGAGAACAUUAUUUUCUUCUCUGUUUAGCUAAAUCUUUUUCUCUUAGUUCAGAGUUUGUAAAUAAUUGCCUAUUAAGAGAAUUGGAUUAUUGAGGUUUGUAUUACAUAUUGAAUAUAUUUUGUGUUAUUUUUAAAGAUGCUAAAUAAUUAGCAGGUAUUUUAAUUUUUCAAAUGGUUAAGAAAGCAAGCUUGCCUUUUGUAGCUUUUUUAUCCUGUUAAAACUAGGAAACGUGCAGUUUUAACUAUUAAUCAUAAUAAAGAUAUUUUAUUUAUUGGCAGCAA